CCAAGUCAAGAACCAAGACGACGACGAGAUCUCUCCCAAAUUUCUAGGGUUUUUCUCCAGACGAUGCGAUCCGCGAUCCAAGCCUCAUAGCUUCCAAUGGAGCACCUCGAGGAUUUCGGGCAGCGGGUGGACCUCACCCGCCGAAUCCGUGAGGUUCUAGUGAAUUAUCCCGAAGGCACCACCGUGCUCAAGGAGCUAAUUCAGAACGCUGAUGAUGCUGGGGCGACCAAGGUUCGGCUCUGCCUUGAUCGCCGGUCGCAUGGCACUGAGACUCUGCUCUCUGAAUCGCUCGCGCAGUGGCAGGGGCCGGCGCUCCUCGCCUACAAUGAUGCUGUGUUUUCAGAGGAUGACUUCGUUAGCAUCUCGCGCAUUGGGGGCAGCAAGAAGCAGGGCCAAGCCUGGAAGACCGGCCGGUUUGGGGUUGGUUUUAAUUCAGUCUACCAUAUUACUGAUCUGCCAUCUUUUGUGAGUGACAAGUAUGUUGUCAUAUUUGAUCCACAAGGUGAAUACCUUCCAAAUGUUUCUGCUGCAAAUCCUGGAAAGCGUCUCAAUUAUGUUAGUUCGUCUGCUUUGCCACUUUUUAAAGAUCAGUUUGUGCCAUAUUGUGCUUUUGGAUGUGACAUGAAAAGCCCUUUCAAUGGGACUUUAUUUCGCUUUCCUUUGAGGAGUGCCGAUCAGGCAGCUGCCAGCAAGCUGUCUAGGCAGGCAUACUUGGAGGAUGACAUCUGUUCUAUGUUUAAUCAACUCUACAAGGAAGCAGUUUUCACUUUGUUGUUUCAAAAGAACAUAGUUUCUAUAGAAAUGUACAUAUGGGAAGCUGGUGAGAAGGAACCACAAAAGGUUUACGCAUGGUCCAUCAAUUCAAUGAAUGAAAAAACAGUGUGGCAUCGUCAGGCACUUCAACGCUUCUCUAGCUCAGCUGAAUUUUCUAACUGGCAGAUGGACUCCUUCUCAUUGGAUAUUUUGAGUGAGGCAGGCAUGGGAACAACUGUGGAGAAGAGAAUGGACACUUUUUUCUUGGUUCAGGGAAUGGCACCAAUAUCCAGCCAAAUUGGUGCUUUUGCAACUGCUGCUGCAAAGCAAUAUGAUCUUCAACUUCUUCCUUGGGCCUCUGUUGCAGCAUGCAUAUCUGAUAACUUAACUGAGGAUGAUGUCCUCAAACAAGGACAGGCCUUCUGUUUUCUCCCAUUGCCUGUAAGAACUGGAUUAGCUGUGCAAGUAAAUGGUUUUUUUGAAGUAUCUUCCAACAGACGCAACAUAUGGUAUGGAGCUGACAUGGACCGUGGUGGCAAACUCCGUUCUGAUUGGAAUAGACUUCUACUAGAAGAUGUUGUUGCUCCACUGUUUAGUGAAUUACUCCUUAACUUGCGCAAUGUCUUGGGUCCAACUAAGUUAUAUUAUUCUUUUUGGCCAAAUGGCUCAUUUGAGGAACCUUGGAGCAUUUUGGUGGAACAAAUAUACAAAAUUGUUUGUUCGACUCCAGUUUGCUACUCAAACUCUGAAGGUGGAAAAUGGAUAUCACCAUCAGAAGCAUUUAUUCAUGAUGAGGAGUUUUGUAAGAAUAAUCAUCUCUGCGAGGCCCUUGUGUUGUUGGGUAUGCCCAUUGUUCAUCUACCUAAACUCCUAGUUGAAAUGUUUUUCCGAUAUUGUACUCAUUUAAAGCAAAGACUGGUUAAUACUAUUACAGUACGACAUUUCCUUAAAAAAUGUGACACCUUGUUCGUGUUGCGCAGAUCACACAAAUUGGUUCUAGUUGAAUAUUGUCUCAGUGAUCUGAGCAAUGCCUGUGAUCAUAUUGAAGGUCUUCCUUUGCUUCCUUUAGCAAAUGGUGAGUUUGGACCCUUCUCUGUGUCCUCAAUGGGUUUCUCUUAUUUUUUGUGCAAUGAGAUGGAGUUCAAGCUGCUAAGUCUAGUUCCAGAUAGAAUUAUUGACUGCAAUAUCCCUACAAAUUUAUACAAUAGACUUUCUGAGAUAGCCUCUCAGGGUAAGACAAAUAUUACAUUCCUUGAUGGGCAAAGUUUUCUUCAGUUAUUUCCCCGGUUUUUCCCUGUAGAAUGGAAAUUCAAAUUCAGAGUUGCAUGGAAUCCAGAGUCUGACAUGAUGCAUCCUACUAGAACAUGGUUCAUGCUUUUCUGGCAAUACCUUCGAGAUCAAUGUCAUGAUCUGUCAGUAUACAGUGAAUGGCCUAUAUUGCCUUCUACUUCAGGGUACCUCUAUAGGGCCUCAGAAUCCUCAAAGCUGAUUAAUGCACAGCACUUAUCAGCUAUCAUGAAUGAGCUUCUUGUGAAGAUUGGCUGCAAGAUUCUUAACCCAAAAUAUGGGGUUGAGCAUCGACAACUAUUGCUUUAUGUUUAUGAUGGUGAUGCUGCUGGUGUUUUGAACUCAGUUUUUGACACUGUUUCUUCUGAUGUAAACCAAUUGCAGAUUCUUUUUCAAGAACUUUCUGUUGAUGAGAAAAAUGAGUUGCAUUCCUUCCUUCUCAACCCUGACUGGUACUAUGGACGCAAUUUAUCUGACAUCCAUAUAAAGAUGUGCAAACGAUUACCUAUUUAUAGAGUUCAUUGCGGAGGAUAUUCUGACGUCAUCCAAUUUUCUGAUUUGCAGAUUUCCCGCAAGUACUUGCCUCCUGUGGGCAUACCUGACCACUUGCUUGAUGGUGAGUUUCUCUUUUGUACUUCUGCAUCUGAAGAGGCUAUACUUGUCAAGUUUUACGGAAUGGAACACAUGCAAAAGACUACUUUCUAUAGACAGAAAAUUCUAAACAGGUUAGAUGAGUUGCAACCACAAGUUCGUGACAGUGUCAUGCUAUCCAUUCUGCAAGAUCUUCCUCAACUGGCUGUAGAAGAUUCUUCAUUUAAAGGAUAUUUAAGAAUUAUGAAAUUUGUUCCCACAAACAAUGGAAGUUUAGAAAGUCCUCAUUCUCUGUAUGAUCCUCGUAUGGAAGAACUGUAUGCACUUCUGGAGGAAUCAGAUUACUUUCCUUGUGAUAUGUUUCAAGAAGAACAUAUAUUGGACAUGCUAUUACUUUUGGGCCUUAGAACAUCAGUUUCAGCUGACACAAUUUUACAGAGUGCCCGUCAGAUUGAAUCUUUGAUUCAGAAGGAUCAGUCAAAAGCUUAUUUACGCGGUAAGGUUCUUUUGUCGUAUCUAGAAAUUAAUGCAUCCAAAUGGUCAUGUAAUCCACAUAAUGCUGGCCAAGGAUUAGUGAGCACCGUGUUGUCAAAAGUUGGACGCAGAUGUCAUGAUACGUCUUUGGAGGCAGAUCUGCAUAGAUUCUGGAAUGACCUAAAAAUGAUAUGUUGGUGCCCUGUUCUGGUUGAUGCACUGCAUCCUUCUCUACCAUGGCCUUCUGUUUCAUCUAUGGUUGCUCCACCUAAACUAGUUCGGCAACGUGGAGACAUGUGGCUGGUCUCUGCAAGCACGCGACUGCUUGCUGGUGAAUGUUCAUCAUGCUUGUCAGUUAGCCUGGGUUGGUCUUCUCCUCCUGGAGGAAGCAUCCUUGCUGCUCAACUUCUUGAGCUUGGCAAAGAUAAUGAGAUUGUGACAGAGCAAUUGCUUCGACAAGAAUUAGCCCUUGAAAUGCCAAGAAUAUACAAUUUGUUGACCAAUCUGAUUGGCUCAGAUGAAAUGGAUAUCGUUAAAGCUGUUCUAGAGGGUUGUCGGUGGAUCUGGGUGGGAGAUGGGUUUGCAACAGUUAAUGAAGUAGUUCUUGAUGGGCACCUUCAUCUUGCUCCUUAUAUACGUGUGAUUCCUGCUGAUCUGGCAGUAUUUAAGGCCUUGUUUUUGGAACUUGGUGUGAAGGAGUACUUGAAACCAAUAGACUAUGCCAACAUUCUUUCUAGAAUGGCAGUUAGGAAAGCUCUCAAUCCACUUGAUGGGGAAGAAAUUAGAGCAGCUGUAUUGGUUGUGCAACAUCUGGCUGAAGUUCAAUUUCAAGAUUUACCAGCUGAAAUCUAUCUACCUGACACAUCUUGUAGAUUGUUUCUGGCAACUGAUCUGGUAUUUAAUGAUGCUCCUUGGUUAUUUGAUAUUGGUGAACAUGCUUCUAGAGAUAUCCCUAAUUUUGCUUUUAAUUCUGCAACAUUUGUUCAUAAAUUUGCCCACAGCAACAUUUCAAAUGAUGUUGCUGAGAGACUUGGUGUCCGCUCACUUCGUCGACUAUUGCUUGCUGAGAGUUCUGAUUCAAUGAAUUUGAGUUUAUCAGGAGUAGCUGAAGCUUUUGGACAGCAUGAGGCAUUGACAACCAGGCUAAAACAUAUUGUUGAAAUGUAUGCAGAUGGGCCUGGAAUUCUUUUUGAGCUUGUCCAAAAUGCAGAGGAUGCACGAGCAUCUGAAGUGGUCUUUCUUUUGGAUAAAACUCAUUAUGGGACGUCAUCAAUUCUUUCUCCUGAGAUGGCUGAAUGGCAAGGACCUGCUCUUUACUGUUUCAACAAUUCUGUUUUUAGUUCGCAAGAUCUUUAUGCAAUCUCUCGCAUUGGUCAAGACAGUAAACUUGAAAAACCUUUCUCAAUUGGUAGAUUUGGGCUUGGCUUCAAUUGUGUUUAUCACUUUACAGAUAUUCCUGGUUUUGUUUCUGGUGAGAAUAUUGUAAUUUUUGAUCCUCAUGCCAAUUAUUUGCCUGGUGUUUCUCCAAGUCACCCAGGUUUGAGGAUUCGAUUUGUCGGAAGAAGGAUCUUAGAACAGUUUCCUGAUCAAUUCACACCAUUUUUGCACUUUGGCUGUAACUUACAACAUCCUUUUCCUGGAACCCUCUUUCGUUUUCCUCUCAGGAAUGAGGUUACAGCUUCUAGAAGCCAAAUUAAGCAGGAAAGAUAUACCCCUGGAGAUGUAGAAGCACUCUUUUCUUGCUUCAGUGAAGUUAUAUCCGAGGCCCUUCUUUUUCUUCGUAAUGUCAAAUGCAUAAGCAUUUUUGUGAAAGAUGGAUCUGGUCAUGACAUGCAACUAGUUCAUCGUGUUUCCAGGAAAAAGGUUGUCGGGCUUCAGCAAGAGCCCCAUUCACUCCAUCCCAUGCUCAACUUUGUUCAUGGAAACCAGCAAAGUGGAAUGGACAGGGAUCAAUUUUUGGACAAAUUGAGUAAAAUAGUGGACAAGGACUUGCCGUGGUAUUGCCAAAAGGUUGCUGUGGUGGAGCGUAGUCCGCUUUAUUGCAGAACACAUUUCUGGGUGAUAAGUGAAUGUAUAGGAGGUGGCAAAGCGAAAACCCAAGCUAUAACCUUAGGUAAAAGAUAUAAAAAUUUUAUUCCUUGGGCAUCUGUUGCUGCAUAUCUGCACUCUGUUGAUAUGAAAAAUGCGGAAGAAGUGUGCCAUAAUAUGAGUGAUGAGGAAGAAAUUGAUAUCAAUCAAUUUCAAUUGCCAGUGGAUUCGAAAUUUGAUAGGAAGGAAUUUGAAGGUCGGGCCUUUUGCUUUCUUCCUCUUCCCAUAAAUACUCGCCUUCCAGCACACAUUAAUGCUCAUUUUGAAUUAUCUUCUAAUCGAAGAGACAUCUGGUUUGGUAAUGACAUGGCAGGGGGUGGCAGAAUACGAUCUGAAUGCAAUGUUUGCCUUCUAGAAGAUGUUAUUGGUCCCGCAUACGGUCAUCUGCUUGCAGUCCUUGCAGAAGAAAUUGGUCCAUGUGAUCUAUUUUUUUCUUUAUGGCCAACUGAUGUAAAACUGGAACCAUGGGCAUCCAUGGUGCGGAAGCUUUAUUUGUCCAUCAUUGAUCUUCAAUUUCCUGUCUUAUAUACCAAAGCUAGAGGUGGGAAAUGGAUAACAACAAGACAAGCCAUAUUUCCUGAUUUUAACUUUCCUAAGGUCACUGAGCUUGCAGAAACAUUAUCUGAAGUUGGUUUGCCUUUGGUCUGUGUCUCAAAGCAAGUUGUUGAUAGAUUCAUGGAGGCAUGCCCAUCAUUGCAUUUUCUAAGCCCUAAUUUGUUAAGAUCCUUGUUGAUCAGACGCAAGCGUGAAUUUAAGAGCAAAGCUGCAGUACUUAUGGCAUUGGAGUACAGCUUGAGUGACAUGAAUGGAUCCAAACUCUCUGCUAAUCUGCAGGGUUUACCUUUGGUUCCUUUGGCUAAUGGCCAUUUCACAACUUUCAGCAAGCAGGGAGAAGAUGACAGAAUCUUUGUUGCAAACCAAAAGGAAUAUGAUCUUCUUAAGGACUCUAUUCCUCACCUUCUUUUAGACUGUUCUAUUCCUGAUGAAAUUUUUAAAAAACUUCAUGAUUUGGCUCAUUCUGGAGAGUCAAAUCUAUCUCCAUUAACAUGUCAUGCUCUUGUGGAACUCUUGCCUAGGAUCUUACCAAUUGAAUGGCAGUAUGCAAGGCAGGUGUCUUGGUCUCCUGGUCACCUUGGACAACCAAGUUCGGAAUGGAUGAGAUUGCUGUGGAGUUAUUUGAAGGAAUCAUGCACUGAGCUUUCAAUGUUUUCCAAGUGGCCUAUAUUGCCUGUUGGGAAUGACUGCCUCUUGCAGCUUGUUGAAAAUUCAAAUGUCAUCAGAGAUGAUGGUUGGAGUGAGAACAUGAUUUCACUCUUGCAGAAAUUAGGUUGUUUUUUCUUGAGAUCAGACCUGCCAAUAGAUCAUCCACAGUUGAAAAAGUAUGUGCAGGACGCCACAGCAAGUGGUGUUCUAAAUGCUGUGGGAGCAGUUGCUCAUCAAGUGCAGGAUAUUGACAAGUUGUUUAUGAAUGCCUCUAGAGGAGAGUUGCAUGAACUGAGAAGUUUCAUAUUCCAGUCUAGGUGGUUUUCAGGUGGCCAGAUAAAUUCUCAGCACACUAAUAUCAUUAGAAUUCUCCCUAUCUUUGAAUUUUAUGGAACUAAAGAGCUUGGUAAAUUGGGUAAUUCCAGAAAAUGGCUUAAACCAGUUGGUGUAAAUGAUGAUCUUCUGGAUGCAAAUUUUAUUCAGACUGAGUCUGAGAGGGAAAAGAGCAUUUUGAAAGGUUAUUUAGGUAUACAGGAGCUUUCAAAAGCUGAGUUUUACAAGGAUUAUGUCCUCAACCGCAUGUCAGACUUCCUUUCACACUCAAAUCUUCUUUCUGCAAUUCUUGUUGAUGUGGAGCUUCUGAUAGAAGAUAAUCCAGCCAUCAAAAAUGCAUUGUCUGAGACAACUUUUGUUUUAACAGCCAAUGGGUCUUGGCAACACCCAUCCAGGCUUUAUGAUCCGCGUGUGCCUGGCUUACAGAAUUUGCUACACAAAGAGGUUUUCUUUCCUUGUGAUAAGUUUUUAAACGCUGAAAUACUUGAGACGCUGGUCAGCCUUGGGCUUAGAAGAACCUUGGGUUUUACUGGCUUACUCGAUAGUGCCCGGUCCAUUUCAAUGAUGCAUGACUCAGGGAAUAUGGAUGCUCUCACUUAUGGCCAGAAAUUGCUUGCUUAUAUGAAUGCUCUAGGGUGCAAGCUUGAUAGUGAAAAAAAGGGACAAAGAACAACUAGCAUGUUACUAGAAAAUGAUGAUAAAUCUCAUGGUAUGCGUGUGCAAUCGGAGAACCAUGAAUGCAAGCCUUGUGCAUAUGACCAGGAUCUGGUAUCUCAUCUUUCAGAUUUUUCUUAUGAUAUGUCAGAGGAUGAAUUUUGGCUGAAGAUCAAAACUAUAGCAUGGUGUCCUGUUUUAAUUACCCCGCCAGUUGAAGGAGUCCCAUGGUUUACCUCAGAUUAUCGCAUCGCACCUCCAAAUAUCACGAGGCCUAAGUCUCAGAUGUGGACUGUGUCAUCUAAAAUGCGAAUAUUAGAUGGUGAAUGCUGCACAACUUACCUACAAUGCAAGCUUGGAUGGAUGGAUUCACCUAAUGUGGGUGUCUUGUGCACUCAAUUAAUUGAGCUCUCCAAGUCCUAUCAACUGCUCAAGUUGCUUUCUAAACAAGAACCUCGUUUAUAUUCUGCACUUGAGAGGGAAAUCCCCCAAAUUUAUUCAAAAUUGCAAAAUUUUGUUGGUACGGAUGAUUUCAAAGAUAUAAAAGAAGCACUGAAUGGCAUUCCAUGGGUAUGGGUGGGUGAUAAUUUUGUCUUGGCUGAAGCACUUGCUUUUGACUCACCUGUGAAAUAUCAUCCUUACUUGUAUGUUGUUCCAUCAGAACUGUCAGAAUUUAGAGUAUUGCUUUUAGACUUGGGAGUAAAGCUAACAUUAGACACCUCAGAUUACUUGCAUGUUCUGUGGCGUUUGCAACAUGACUUAAAAGGGGAACAACUGACGGCUGAGCAGUUAAAUUUUGUUCAUUGUAUCCUGGAAGCUUUUGCUGAAGCUUCUUCUGAGAUAAAUGCAUCUGAUGCAGUUUUAAAUUCAAUAUUGAUUCCUGAUAUAUCUGGUGUCCUGAGAUGUACUUUGGAUCUGGUUUAUAAUGAUGCCCCAUGGAUGGACAAUGGAAAGCCAGCUGACAAGUAUUUUGUUCAUCCAUGUAUCAGUGAUGAUUUAGCAAAGAAGCUGGGGGUGCAAUCUCUUUGUUUCCUGUCUUUGGUUGAUGAGAAAUUGACAAGAGAUCUACCAUGCAUGGAUUAUGCUAGGAUUUGUGAGUUGCUCACAAUGUAUGGAGACAACGAGUUUCUAUUAUUUGACCUUCUAGAGCUAGCUGAUUGCUGCAAGGCGAAGAAAUUGCACAUUAUAUAUGAUAAAAGGGAACAUCCUCGACAAUCUUUGCUCCAGCAUAAUUUUGGUGAGUUUCAAGGUUCUUCUUUGACGGUUGUUCUAGAAGGUGCAACUUUGAGUAUGGAAGAAAUAUGUGGUUUCCAGCAUUCUCCUCCAUGGAAGAUUCAGGGCAAUGCUCUUAACUAUGGUCUCGGGCUACUUAGCAGUUACUUUAUAUGUGAUUUCUUGACCAUUAUUUCAUCUGGCUACUUCUACAUGUUUGAUCCCCUUGGUUUGGCUCUUGCUGCAUCCUCAAGUGCUGGUCCCUCAGCAAAGUCAUUCUCUUUAUCAGGCACUGACUUGACUCGGAGAUUUCAUGACCAAUUUAUCCCAAUGAUCAUUGACAAGGAAACCCAAUUGGUGUCAUCUGAUUCCACAGUUAUUCGCAUGCCUUUAUCAGUGAAAUUUAUGAAUGAACUUGAGACUGGUGGUAAUAGAGUGAUGAAGAUUUUUGACCGUUUCAUUCAUCAAGCAUCAUCAACACUUCUGUUUUUGAAGUCCGUUUUGCAGGUAUCAAUAUCAUCAUGGGAGAAGGGGAACUUGCAGCCUUCCUUGGAUUUUUCUGUUUCUAUUGAUCCAUCAUUUGCUAUUAUGAGGAAUCCUUUUUCGGAAAAGAAAUGGAGAAAGUUCCAGAUAGCUAGGUUAUUCAGCAGUUCUUCUGCAGCAAUCAAAACACAUGUAAUUGACGUUCAUGUUAGCCGAAGUGGAAGCAACACCACGGAUAAAUGGUUGGUUGUGCUUUGCUUGGGAUCAGGACAAACAAGAAACAUGGCUCUGGAUAAGCAGUAUCUUGCUUACAACUUGACCCCAGUUGCUGGAAUUGCAGCUUGCGUAUCUCAAAAUAGACAGCCAAUAAGUGCGCAUCUUUCAAGCUGUAUGCUGUCACCUCUCCCCUUAUCUGGAAAUAUAAGCUUGCCAGUUACUGUUCUCGGAUGCUUUCUUGCAUGCCACAAUGGUGGGCGCUAUCUUUUCAGUAAUGCACGCACAGUGGGUUUUCAGAAACAACAAAGUCAUUCCAGGAAUCAGUUAAUUGAAUCUUGGAACAAAGAAUUGUUAUUAUGUGUUCGUGAUUCAUACAUUGAGAUGGUUAUGGAAUUUCAAAAGCUUAAGAAGGAUCCUUUGACAUCAGACAUUGAGUCAAGUUCAGCCCGUCUUGUGAGUUACAUUUUGCGUGCUUAUGGUGACAAAAUUUAUUCAUUCUGGCCCAGAUCUAAGAAGCGAUCAGCGUUUCCUGUUCAAGUUGGGGAUUCUGCUAAUGAUUCAAAUCCAUUUAAAGCUACUGAAGCAGAUUGGGAAUCUUUAAUUGAACAAGUAAUAAGACCAUUCUAUGCACGCCUUGUUGAUCUUCCUGUCUGGCAGCUUUACAGUGGAAAUGUUGUUAGAGCUGAUGAAGGUAUGUUUCUUUUUCAACCUGGAAAUGGUGAAGACAAUGACUUUCCACCUGCUGAGGUUUGCAACUUCAUCAAGGAACAUUAUCCAGUUUUUUCUGUGCCUUCUGAAUUGGUUAGUGAAAUUCAGGCUGUUGGAGUUAAAGUGAGAGAAAUCAAGCCUAAGAUGGUUCGGGAUCUGCUCAAGGUUUCUACUCUUUUACUUCAAUUUGUUGACGCAUAUGUGGAAGUGCUUGAUUACUGCUUGUCAGAUAUUCACCUUCAGCACUUGUCGGAACAUUUAAGAAGUGCAAUGGGAGAGGCCAGGACUUCAUAUGCUUUAGAGAGUAUGCCUACUCAGAAUUUAAAUUCAUCUAUAAUAUUGGCAACGUCAUCAAGUUCACAUACAAGGAGAUCUAAUCAUAGUGGUGCACAGAGCUCAGCAAGUUCAGGGGUUGACACACUUGAAAUUGUGUCAAGCUUGGGCAGGGCAUUAUAUGAUUUUGGCCGUGGAGUAGUUGAGGAUAUAAGCGUGGCAGGAGGCCUACAAAUUCAGAAGACUGCUGAAGCAGGUAGCACCAUUGUUGCUGAUCAGUCAAUUUUAUUAAUGGCUACUGAGCUCAAGGGUGUGCCAUUUCCAACUUCAUCAAAGUGUCUUGUAAGGCUGGGGACAACUGAACUUUGGAUUGGGAGCAAGGAGCAGCAAGAAUUGAUGCAUCCACUUGCAGAAAACUUUAUCCACCACAGGUGUUUAGAUAAACCAACUUUGACCGAGUUACUCUCCAACCCAACUCUUCAAAAUUUGUUAAAAUUGAGAAGCUUCUGUCCUCGACUUCUUGCUAGCCAUCUCAAGUUUCUUUUUCCUGAACGAUGGGUGAGCCAUGUCAUGAACCAUAAGCUGAUGCCUUGGGUUUCAUGGGAAAGAAGUCCAGAGUCAAGGAGUGAUGAACCUGAUCCUGAAUGGAUACGACUCUUCUGGAAAACAUUUUGGACUUUGAAGGGUGAAUUUUCUCUGAUAUCUGAUUGGCCUUUAAUUCCAGCUUUCUUAAAUAGGCCAAUAUUAUGUCGUGUAAAACAAUACCAGCUGGUAUUUUGUCCCCCAAUUACUGAUACAACUGUCGAUAAUGGAGUUUCUAACUUAAACAAUGAAGGAUCUGAGAUGCUAAAUUCUUCUCAGAGUGACACCACUCAAUCUGAGGAAGUGAAGUUAUACCGCAGUGAAUUUGAGUUGAUGAAAUUGAGGAAUCCAUGGCUACUACACCUCUUAAAUCAGUUUAAUGUGCCUGUAUAUGAUGUGUCCUUUUUGGACCUCGGUGCAUUUUGCAGUAUUUUUCCUGCACCCAAUCAUUCACUUGGCCAGAUAGUUGUAUCCAAACUGCUUGCUAGUAAACAGAAUGGUUAUCUUACUGAGCCUACAGAUUUAUCAAGUGAAGAUCGUGAUAGAUUGUUUGAUCUGUUUGUGUCUGACUUUAGACCUUCCACUUCAUAUGUGUACAAAAGAGAAGAACUAGAUUUUCUUAGAGAACUUCCUAUCUAUAAAACAGUUUUGGGAACUUACACCCGAUUGUAUGGCCCUGAACAAUGUAUUGUUUCUCCAACUGGAUUCUUUCAUCCUAAUGAUGAGCGGUGUCUGUCAAGUUCAGCAGAGGCAGGCAUAUUUUUCCAUGCUCUUGGAGUUAAAGAGUUGAGUGAUCAGGAAGUAUUUCUAAAAUUUGCAUUGCCUGGAUUCGAAGGAAAAGGUCCAGAUGAGCAAGAAAAAAUUCUUUCUUAUCUAUACACAAAUUGGAAGGAUCUGCAAUUAGAUUCUAAUAUAGUAACCAGUUUGAAGGAGACCAACUUUGUGUUAAGCGCAAAUGAACAGUGCAAGGACUUGUUUAAACCAAGAAACCUACUUGAUCCCUCUGAUUCUCUACUGGCAUCAGUGUUCUCUGGAGAGCGUAACAAGUUUCCUGGGGAAAGGUAUAUGUCAGAUGGCUGGCUUCAUAUACUGAGGAAAACAGGUUUAAGAACAUCCUCUCAAGCAGAUGUGAUUGUUGAAUGUGCAAGAAAACUGGAGACUCUGGGGAGUCAAACCAUGGCACAUGUGGAAGAUUCUGAUGAUUUUGAAGCCGAAUUUUCUGGUGCCCACAAUGAAAUUUCUUUUGAGAUAUGGUCCUUGGCUGGAUCUGUUGUGGAUUGUUUAUUUGCAAACUUUGCAACUUUAUAUGACAACAAUUUCUGUGAGAUGAUUGGUAAGAUUGCAUUUAUUCCUGCUGAGAGAGGCUUCCCAAGUAUUGGUGGUAAAAGAGGUGGGAAGAGGAUACUGACUUCUUAUAGGGAUGCAAUCUUGUUAAAGGAUUGGCCUCUUGCCUGGAGUGUUGCUCCCAUUCUAAUUAAAGAAAGUUUCAUCCCUCCUGAAUUUUCUUGGGGAGCCUUCCACCUUAGGAGCCCUCCUGCCUUUUCUACUGUUUUGAAGCACCUGCAGGUUGUUGGGAGAAAUAAUGGUGAGGAUACACUUGCACACUGGCCAACUACAUCAGGCAUGAUGACAGUUGAUGAUGCUUGUGUUGAAAUUUUGAAGUACCUGGAAAAAGUUUGGGGAACACUGUCUUCUUCAGAUAUAUUAGAGUUGCAGAGACUGUCAUUUGUGCCAGUUGCAAAUGGCACUCGCUUGGCAACUGGAAAAUGUCUCUUUGCACGUCUAACUAUUAAUCUCUCACCAUUUGCAUUCGAACUGCCUGCCCUGUAUCUCCCAUUUGUGAAGAUCCUAAAGGAGAUGGGGAUGCAAGAGAUUCUUUCCAUCAUGCAUGCAAGGGACUUUCUUUCAAAUAUCCAAAAAUUGUGUGGAUAUCAGCGUCUAAAUCCGAAUGAAUUUCGUGCUGUUAUGGAAAUUUUGAACUUUAUUUGUGAUGGAGGAAGUCAGAAAGGAUCGGUUGGAACAGAAUGGGUGUGUGAUGCAAUAGUACCAGAUGAUGGAUGCAGGCUUGUCCUUGCAAGGUCAUGUGUCUAUAUGGAUUCUUAUGGGUACCAUUUCAUUGGUAACAUUGAUACCUCCAGGUUAAGAUUUGUGCAUCCAGAGCUUGCAGAAAAUAUAUGUAUGGCCUUGGGAAUCAAAAAGCUCUCUGAUGUCGUUGUUGAGGAAUUAGAUGAAAGCUUGCAAUUAGAGGUUGUGGAUCAGAUUGGGUCUGUCCUGGUGCAUAAAAUAACAGAUAAGUUGUUGAGCAAAUCAUUUCAGGAUGCUGUCUGGAUCUUGAUGAAUAGCAUAACCAAUCACUUUCCUUCAUUUGAUGGCCGGAAUUUGUGUCAGAUACAAAGCUCACUUAGACAUGUGGCAGAGAAAUUGCAAUUUGUUAGGUCCCUCCACACUCGCUAUCUUUUGCUUCCAAAGUAUGUGGACAUUACAAGAAUAACAAAAGUUUCUGUUAUUCAAGAAUGGGAAGGAAGUACCGGGCACAGAGUUGUUCAUUUUGUGGACAAAACCCACAGCCGUAUCUUGGUUGCAGAUCCUCCUAGUUGUAUAUCCCUGUAUGAUGUCAUCGCUGUUGUGGUGAGCCAGGUACUAAGGGCACCAACAGUAUUACCUAUUGGGCUGCUUUUUUCAUGCCCUGAAAAUUCAGAUAAGGCACUUCUGUCUUUGCUUAAUCUUGGGUCUGAAGGAGGAGUUGUGAAGUCUUCAGGAAAGAAUAAACUUUUAGUUGGAGAAGAACUGUUACCCCAGGAUGCUCUUCAGGUGCAAUUCCUUCCUCUACGGCCUGUCUACAGUGGAGAAUUAGUGGCAUGGAAGACAUUGAAAAAUGGGGAGAAACUUAGGUAUGGUAGAGUCUUGGAAGAUGCAAGGCCUUCAGCUGGUCAGGCACUUUACAGGUUUCCUGUGGAAAUUGCACCCGGAGAGAAUCAAGCAUUGCUUUCUUCUCAAGUUUUCUCAUUUAAAAGUGUUUCAACAAUAGAAUUGGCUUCCUCAUCAUCCUUGCCAGAAAGAAGUGAGAGUGAGACCCAAAAUUUGACGCAGCAUAGCCAGACAUCUGAAGCUCGUGGCAAAGGGAUACCAGUUUCUAAGAAUGCCCAAGAGCUGCAGUACGGCAGAGUAUCUGCUUCUGAACUAGUGCAAGCAGUUCAAGACAUGCUUUCAUCUGCUGGAAUUAAUAUGGAUGCUGAGAAGCAGUCGCUAAUACACACCACUCUCACUCUGCAAGAACAGCUCAAAGAAUCUCAGGUGGCCCUUUUGGUUGAGCAGGAAAAAGCUGAUGCUUCCUCCAAAGAAGCAGACGUAGCCAAGGCAGCAUGGGUAUGCAGGGUCUGUCUUAACAAUGAGGUGAAUGUUACAAUUGUACCUUGUGGCCAUGUUUUGUGCCAGAGAUGCUCGGCUGCUGUUUCUAGGUGCCCAUUUUGCCGUGCCCAGGUCUCUAAAAUCAUGAAAAUAUUCCGUCCAUGAAGUCCCUCGCUCCUAAUAUCCGCACUCCGCAGGUAUUUUCAGACUUGGAUCUUGCAAUAUGAAGUUAUCUGCUUGAGAUGUUUUAACAUAUUUGGCAAAACAAUUACAUACUAUCUGUGCAGGCACUAUAAUUUCAGGAGAUAUUGCCUGAAAAAUUGUUCUUAUUGAAUGAAGAUUGUACAGAGUUAGAAACUCAGUAGUGUGAAUACAAGUUAAGAUUGAAAAAAGAUCAUGUAAAGUUUCCAGGAAUUUUAAAUUAAAAUUUAAUGAAAAAGAAUCCAUUUUUCAGCA